AUGAUAAAUUUUCACGCAAAUGUAAAUAAUCUUGAUUCUUUCGCCGAACAGGAAAACGACGAUGUUACUGAUAAGAUUAGUAAUAUAAACAACCAUGACACUGACGAAAUUCGAAACGAACUCCAUGAAAAGAUUCGAACAUUAAAUAAAACACAAAGGCAAAUUUUUGAAGUGGUAAAUGAUUGGGUUACAACUUACGUAAAAGGUUUAGCAUGUAACGCGCACCAUAAAAUUAAGCCAAUUCACAUUUUUCUAACAGGAAGUGCAGGUUGUGGAAAGUCCCAUUUAGUAACAACAAUUUCUGACAUGCUAAAUAAAGCACUUUCCUAUCGUGCAGGAAACUUAGAAAAGGAUAAAAUUCUCAUUUUAGCACCAACCGGUGUUGCUGCCAUUAAUAUAGAGGGAAAUACAAUACAUUCAGCCUUAGCUUUCGGAACUAAGCGUUAUUGUAAUAGAAGAAAUCUCGAUGGUUUCAAACAAGCUACUCAACGGCUAACCGAAAUAUUUGGAUGCGCAGAUGACAUUCCAUUUGCAGGAAUAUCUGUUAUAGCAUGUGGCGAUUUCUACCAACUUCCACCAAUUCAAGCAAGGCCAGUUUACGCAGAAUAUAAAGAUGCAUUAUUAAAUCUUUCACAUUGCUGGAAGCAUUUUAAGAUUGCUGAACUAACGGAACAUAACAUCGGACGAAAAAAUAUCGAAUCUAUUGACAAAAUUCCAGAAAAUAUACCCGUGCAAUUAGUCCAAAAUCUUAAUUCUCGCACUCAAAUUGAAACAGUUGGACUUGUGCGAAACCUUCUGUUAAAACUUCAAGCAAAAUUCAUGUUGACGUCAAAUAUUGAUGUGUCUGAUAAACUCAUUAACGGAUAG